GUUCCUUGCGCUUGCGUACUAUUGUCCCAGCCCGUCGCCGAGGCCCGGAUCGGGAAGUGUCAAGCGGGAGCCGGGUUCCCGUCUUCGCCGCUAUCACUGCUGAACCCGGACUUCUUACACAGUCCGGGGCUCAGCCACCAUGACCAACGUGUACUCCUUGGAUGGGAUUCUGGUGUUUGGUUUGCUCUUUGUUUGUACCUGUGCCUACUUCAAGAAAGUACCUCGUCUCAAAACCUGGCUGCUGUCAGAGAAGAAGGGAGUUUGGGGUGUGUUUUACAAAGCUGCUGUGAUUGGAACCAGGCUGCAUGCUGCUGUGGCAAUCGCCUGCAUUGUAAUGGCCUUUUACGUCUUGUUUAUAAAAUGAAUUCCAAAGUAUCCAACUCAUCAGCUGCCAAACAAGGGGACAAGAGUGAAGAACCUGCUGGAGGCCUGGACCCAGUGUAGGAGAGUUCAGCUAAAAUCAUCAAUGCCCCAGGAUGACACCAGAGCAUCUGUCCCUGCCAAUAUGUAGGGAAAAUUCCUCAUGGUCAUGAACAUUAUUUGUGCUCCAGGGGACUCUAGAAAGCCAUCUUCCUUUGAUCUCUGUGUAAAUCAGCUCUCAGUAAUGAGCAUAUAAAUGCCCAGAUAAAUUACAUCCCUCAGUGAUAAGAUUAUAUACCUCUUGCUUAAAAGCCAGUCACCUGGGCUGGGGUCAUAGCUCGGUGGUAAAGCAUUUGCUUAACAUGAGGCCUUGUGUUUGAUUCCCAGGUCUGCAAACAAAUAACAACAACAACAUCGUCAUAACCCUGUCACCUAUUUUGUUCUUCAAUCUUUCAUCAGGAUCUUUUCAAACUGAGGCCCUUAGGGAAGGACAUAAGCUAUGUUCAGACUUCUUGGAAAGAGAAAUAAUUUUCAAGACUUCACUUUUUUCUCACCAAUUUGGAUUUGGCAAAUUGGUGAGGGAGGGUGGUAGGUGGGAAAUAGAAAUUAUGAAAAGUCAAGAAAUUGACUUUAGGAAUUCAUGUACCCAUCUGGGAACAUAAGAGAGGCAUGGCUGUCAUUGCAAAAAGAACAGAUGAAGCAGCUUACAAUGUACUGGUAGCUUGAGGGUUUUGCCAAGAGAAUCUGAGCUUACAUAAAAUUUGGAAAUUGUCUUUGUAUGAGGAGACUAGAAACUAAUGAUUGAGGUAAGAAAACAUUUUCUCUCUACCUUAUCCCCAAAAGUAGACUUCAAUCAAUCAAAUGUUAAAAGAAAAAAAUGAAUCAACUGUUGCUAUUUCCUAAAGCUUUUUUAUAUUUUCUAAAUUACUUAGUGCUUAAUACUGUUUUUCAGUUUUAAAUGCCACCACUAGGGGAAAAAGAAACUAUUGAAGAAUAUUGAAGAAAUAAUUGUUUAAUAUAUUGCAGUUAGGGUAGAAGAAAAAUAAAUUAGUAUAUCAAUUCAUAUACUAGUUAAAUCAUCUAGUAUAAGAAUUUAUUGUAAUAUUAGAUGGGAGUUUUGUCAUACUAUAAAAGAUACAAACAUUUUUAAAGUGUGGAUUGUGGCAAUUUUCAGCUGAUCGCUUGAUUUUCUUGAUCAAACCUUAAUUUUCUUCAGAUUGAGGUGCUCUUUCAUUGUCUGAAAGUUUUAUUCUCUGUAGGAACAUGAGACAUUCAAGGGAAAGAAGUUGCUGGUGUUUGUUGACAUACUUGGACAGUUGAUAGGCUGCAUUAAUAAAAUGAGAGUGUUUUAUGGAAUAAAGUCAAACAGAACUUUGCAAUUGAGAGUGAAAAACUGGAGUAUGAUAGCUUCUGAGCAAAUCAUUUUAGAUUACUCAACAUUUGAAGGGAAGACUUUUCCACUCCUCAUAUCCUCGGGUCAGCUAAUGGAGUUGUGAAACCUAGACUGUCUCUAUUUACAAGGAAGAGAUGAUCUAAAAUUAUAAACAAGCAUAACAUAAAUCUUCCAAUUGUUCAUUACAGUGAAACUUGGUAAUUCAGCUGCGAUUGACUCUUUAUGGCAAUAAAUUAUCUUUUGUCGGCUUACUCCAAAAGAAUGAAAGCUGCUAAGAAGUUUAGGUUCUGAAAUUUACAGUUUAGUAUUUUGAAAGGUUUUAAAUGCAUAGAAGACCAGAUAAAUUCUACGUGUGUCUGUCAUCUCAGAUUUGUGGGUGUUAUCUCUUCAGGAAUUGGUUAACAGGGUAAAUUUCAGUGAUUCAUGUAUUAUAUAUUGUCAUUUCUGAGGACUUUCCUAAUGAAAGCAAAGGAAUCUAGUGAAAUAGGGUUCUUGAAGAAGAGUUACACUUGAGAGUGUUGGUUCAGAACCUGUUGGCCAAGUGGAAUGUCACCCCGAGGAAACAAGGUUCAGCAUGUUUGCACUUAUUUUCCAGCUUUAAUAACUUGUUUUCCUUUUUUUUUGUACCAGGAAUUGAACUCAUGACCUUUGCUUGCCAGGCUGUGCUGCUGAACUAUAUCCCCAGCCUAUGUCUUGUUUUCCAAUAGAGCUAAUGUCUCUUAAGUUUGGACCUUAGAGAUGCUUCAUAUUUUAAACUAGUCCCAUUCUACACUUGUACAAGCCACUUUUUACAGCCUCUUGGGUGGGUUAUCUUGACCUAAACUCUUGAGUUAUAUUUUGAGAUACUGCCAUAGUACAAUGUACCAAAAAGUGCACAAGUAAAGGCAAUUUACAGCAAAAAGCAAACACAUGGCCUAUUUAAUUUCUUGACUUUAUGUAAGCAGAUAAACAGAAACUUGUUUAAUUCAUUACUUUGGCUGAUGUGUCAUGUACUUUGGGCUAGCAAUUAAAAGCUGUUCCUCUUAGGCAAGCACAUUAAGGUGGAGAUAAGAGGAGAGCAAUAUUGCCUCAGAUUCUACUUUGCAUUACCAUAAUCCCUGGAUGGAAUCAAGUUGCUUCUUUUUAUAGUAAAAGUACAGUUUUUUAUUCAUCACUGUCUACAGAAAUCCUUGAAAAUAAAAAUUUUCCCUAUAA